CGGCCUGGCUCCUCCGUCAGGCCCCUCCUCCUGCCUCGGCUGCCACCGCCAACGCUAAACCGAGCCUCUUGACUGCAGAGGCAGCGGGAGCACGGAGCUCCCAGUGCAGAGAGCUGAGCCUGCAGCCGGGCCCGGCCUCUUGUAGCUCAUUGUCCCAGCACCGAGGACAGCGCUGCUCCUCCUCGGCCCAGAGCUUUAUAAACCACGUCGCAGCACACGGCACCCCCUGCCCGUUUAGGGCUCUGGCCCCGCAGCUCCUCGUUCAGCACCGAGGACAGCGCCUCCCACCCAACCCCGUUGCUCCCACCGCCGCCUCCGAGCAGCCCGCCCGCGCUGAACAUGGCCACCGAGCAGAAACCAUGUUUGCUGAUUGAAUUCGUUGUGUCUCUGGAGGGUCACAAUCUGCAGGAGCUCCGGCGCAGUGCCUCAUUGGCCACCAAAGUCUUUGUCCAGAGAGAUUACAGCGAUGGGACCAUUUGCCAGUUCCAGACCAAAUUCCCCCCUGAGUUGGACAGCCGGAUUGAGCGGCAGCUGUUUGAGGAGACUGUGAAGACUCUUAACAACUUCUAUGCUGAGGCUGAGAAAAUUGGGGGCAGCUCCUACCUGGAGGGCUGUCUGGCCUGCGCCACGGCCUACUUUAUCUUCCUCUGCAUGGAGACCCACUAUGAGAAGGUCCUCAAGAAGAUUUCCCGAUACAUCCAAGAGCAGAAUGAGAAGAUCUUUGCUCCCCGGGGCCUCCUUCUCACUGACCCCGUGGAGCGAGGAAUGAGGGUUAUCGAGAUCUCCAUCUAUGAGGAUCGCUGCAGCAGCGGCAGCGCCAGCAGCGGCAGCUCCAGCAGCAGCGGCAGCAGCAGUGGAGGUGGGGGCGGGGCAGGGGGCCGGUGACUGGCCGAGAGUCCCUGCAGGGAGCUGUACUGCCGGGAUGAGGGCCUCUCAGAUCUUCGUAGGCUUCGCUACCAGAGCACCCGCUUCUGAGGCGCCCUCUCUACCCGCCACUCCCUUGGGGGUGGGGUGGGGAGGGAGGGGGGUGGCUGGCCCGGAGAUUCAGCUGUGGGCAGCUGACCUCCAGGGGUCCCUGACAGGCAGGGGACUGCUCCUUACUGCCCAGGUGCCCUCACAGAAGGAGCUGUCCCCAUCCAGACGCACCCCUUCCUAGGCCUGACUCCUCUUUGUUCCCCGGGACCACUCCUGCUAGCGAGGAGUCCCACUUCAGGGGUACAGUUAGGGGCUCUUCCCCUUGGAGAGUCUCUCCCACUGAGCUUCUACUUCCCUUCCAGCAGCUGCUCUCUUAGAGAUUCCCCCAGAGGGGGCCUUCUAUGCCUGAGCUGAGCAGAGGCUAUGAAACCUGGACAAUCCCUUACCCUGCAUGAUCCCUUAGCUUAGAAGACCCAAACCACUGGAUCUCUGUUCCCCAAAGUCCAACCACUUUCCCCGCCGAUCGAUAGGGGUUGGCCAUGCAAACGAUUCUCCGACGUUUUCUUGCCUGCCCUUCUUAUUCUGGUAUCUUCCCCGUUAUCUCUCCCCUCCCUUGCUUUCUAAUGCUGUCCUGAGGCCUCACUCUAUCUGUGAACCACCUUCUCAUGGGAAUCUGGGGAGAUGGAAGUCACUGGGGAAGCUCUCCAGUCCAGUCCCCAGUGAGGCAGGAAGGACAAGUCCCCGUGUUUUCUGCAGGACUGUUGCUCUUUCCAGGACUGAAAAUCUCCCCUCCUUUCGCUUUCUUCUCCUUAGCAACGAGAGCAGGGGGGGAGGCAUUCUGGUCAGGGGCAAGGUCCAACAGUAGCAACAGACAUGGCCAAAGGAAGGGCAGGGAGCUGCUCCCAUGUUUCCCGUGGAGUCAGAGUAACCCAGAGUAACUUUGUAUCACGGAGAAACUAGUUAGCCGGCUGUUUGGUCUGCAAGAGAAGCGUUUAUCCUCGGGACUUUCUACUUCCGUAAUGGGGACUGUCUGUCUGGGAAGGGAACAUCUGUGAGAAGGGGAUGAUGACAGGGAAAGAGGUGGAAAGAGAAACCAAUUAUGGGAGCCUGAUCAUGGACGUAAUGGGAAGAUUUGGGUAACUGAGCCCUUCGGAAGAGAGGGGUUCUUUGACCUGUGUUCAGUAAUGUAACUCUAAAGUAGGCAGGCAGAGAGAAGUAGGGAUGCAUAUGAAGGAAGAGGAAGCAGGACUACUCUAUUUGUAAGGAAGCAUCAUGGCUGAGUUCCAUGACAAAGCUCCAACUCCGUCUCUUCUUCUUCAGCUGGGUUCCCUAUUACUCUUGCCCCACCCCUUAUUUCUUUCAAAAGCCCUUGUUGCUUUGUGUUACUGAGCAGGGUUGUAUGUCUGUGUCCCCACAAAUGGUGUAUGUAUGUAUGUGUGUGUGUGAGAGACAGAGACAGAGAGACACACAGAGAGACACAGAGAGAGAAACAGAGU